AUGGUUGCCGCGAAGCAAGGAAACAGCUGUCCAACCGGUGUCAUUGUGGAAGGCGUGCUCAGGGAUUUCGCCGAUCGCAAGUUAUCCGAAGAAGGAGGAUGUACCAUAGAGUCCCUGCAGAAACGACAUGCGGAAGCUUUUAAGAUUGCCGUCGAAGAUGAACGAUUGUACAAGAUCUUCGCCUCCUGUUUUAUGGAGCGGCGCAUGUGGCGAGAGGCGCUUACGGACCUUCACACUAGACUCUACCUUCUAGACAAAGAAUCUAAGGAAUACGAAGUCACCAUGGACAUGAUACGUGUAGCACAGCAUAAUUGGUUGGCAGAGGUGAUGCCCAUACCGGUAGCCUUCAAGGAACUGCUCUUUGUCAGAGACCUCGAGGAAAAGUGGUCAACUUGGAUGUCGCAAGUUGGUUACACCGAGCAGUUGACCAAUGUGACGAAUGCUGAAAAUGCGGUGGAGUAUAGGUCAAACACCCUGGUCACAAGGGUAAACCUCAGGCCCGGUAGUCUCCUCAUGAGGAAACGGCCUUUUGCCGCUGCCCCGUGGUGUAUCGACACCGCUGACUGGCAGCCAAGCACGGAUACCGACGCACGGCGCGUCAGCUGCUUUCAUUGUCUUUCUGCGAUGAGACGUGUGACAGACCCUGACUACGAGAGCAUGACAUUCGUGUCAUGCCCUCUUAAGCCAUUCGAAUGUUUAAAAGUGUUCUGCUCCGAAGACUGCUUUCUCCACAACGGCGCGGUUCAUGCGGCUGAGUGUGAACAUUUGUUGAAGUUAAAAUCGUUUGCAACUACAGCAUUAAACGAGACGUUCGUCAUCCUGACAGCGCGCACGCUCAUACGGUGCGGCCUAUGCAUGGGCAAACGUGACUCCGAACCAUCGCCGCCAACUUCUGGUGCGCCGGCAGAUGCUCGAGGUAAUGUGCUCCAGCAAAUACUCAGCCUCAAAGUGGAUUAUUCAACGUUGGAACAAAGGUACCGACACAUUCUAGACCAAAUGCAAACUUUCGCUGACUUCCUAUUGAAAGAGAUGGGAGUGCAGUUUUGCUUGUACCUGACUCACAGGGAAUUGGUCCAUAUGAUGGUGGUGUUGUGGACAAAGAGCUUGUCUCUGAAACCUGAUAUUUACACCGAUGAUGAGAAUGUGAUAUUCGGCGGCAUUGUCUUUGAUGCCAACAUGAUGUGUUUCCAGCAAUCCAGAUUCCCCACUCUGGUCGCCCAUUUAGACGGGGUGGGAAGGGUUUCUAUACGCUCUAUAUACGCAAUGGAACCAGGGACGAAGCUUUUUAUCAACACCGCACUGGACAAGUACGUGCCUCCCUUCAUUCAGGAUUCGGAAUUUUGGUCGGCGGGCCUCUUGCUUUCUGAGGCGGUUGAGAAGUCUCCCUUUAUUAAGUCACCUGAUAUAUCUGCCGUGAGAUGCGGCCAAUGUGUCAGGGGGUUUUGUCAUAUAGAGGAUGUGAAAAACGCCGUAGAUGGACAAAUGGACGAGCGGUCACCAAAGGAAUACACAUGGGCAUGUGGCAACCGUUGUGCAACGAACGAUGAUGACCUCAAUCAAAUUGAGAACAGAGCUGAAAGUAUCGUAAUGAGAGCACAUCGCCUCUAUGUAGCUGGUCAACACCUAGUGGUCAGGAAGCUUCUAGACAACUUCGUGUGGAGGUGGUCGGGGGCACUACACCCCAAGCACUAUUUGAUGUACAAUGCGCACGUGUUACUUGCCGGUAUUAAAAUGAACAAAGCUGGAUCUAACUCUCUGGAGGCUGUUCGCCAUCUGACGGUGGCAACCAUCAUGGCAGAGGAAAUGUUGCCGCUGGUAUGUCAUGAGAAGGCACAUCUUUAUUCCAGGUUGGCAGACUUAAUGGCCCAACUCGUGACGACGGCGCGCGUAAACCGCAAGGAAGACAUUCUACUGAAGCAGAUGACACUGGAGGCCGCGUAUACAGCUUUAUGGAAUUGGACCGUCAUAGCAGGAGCCGAGUCCCGCGAGGCACUGAUUCACAUGCAAAAGUGCCGGAAUAUCGCAUUCCAAAUGAACGUCCACGUUUCCAAGCUCUGUAAUAAUUUCGUAAUCCACGUGCCGGGAAAAUAUAUGGAAGUUUUCAAACAAGUCACUGGCAACUGCGUGCUUCCACCGGUUCUGAGGUUUUCUGCAACAGGUGACCUGUCGGAGGCCACCACGGACCACGUCGCUACAAUCGCAUUCAUGGCCGCGCAAAGCGAAAUAUUGAACGAAGAGGUACUGGAAAUGCUUAUGUCAAUAGCAUCUUAUGGCAUUCUGCACCUUGGCACGGGUUUGAGCGUGUUGGGUAUCGCAGCCUCCAACGGUAGCGUAGAGAUGGUCAAGGCAAUCACAGAGGCAAUCCACACCAGGAUAGACAAGGCGUACGAUUUUAUAAGCAAAAACGGCAGUACAAAUAGUGUGGAAUCAACAAUCGCAAACCUCCUCUUGACUUUAGCCGGUGGGAAUGAAUUGGGUGUCACGCCUCUCAUUGCUAUGGUGUCCGUGCCCACCGCGAACGAUCCUCAGACGUUGAAAAACGAGAUCAUCAUCUGCCGGCUAAUAGUUGAAUGCGCAGAGAAAUGCGAUGAUAUCAUUGAGCGGCACAAGGGUGUCGUCACGGUACAGCUUCGUAGCCUGCGAUGGCUGAUGGAAUCGAAGUGUACGGUAAAAAGUCUCGUCCUCGAUGCACGGACGCACAAUUUCUUGCAGGGACAAACACUACUGCAUUAUGCAGCGGCUAGAGGUAAACGGAAUCUUGUACAAUAUCUGGCGAGGUUGAGCGGGAAUGUCAACCAGAUGAACCUUGAGGGCGCAACGCCGUUGCACCUGGCUGCUGUGGGAGCCCAUACUGAGGUCUGCGAGACGCUGCUUAGUUUCGGUGCAAAGCAAAACGUAUCAAUGAAUACUGGGGAACUGCCGAUACACCUUGCAGUUCACGCGUUGCAUGAGGAGACGGUGAAACUCCUCCAAGAACAGCACGCAAAGAACAACGGUAACGUGGAUACCGCAUCGGCAGCCGCAUCUCUAGGGCGGAGGCGUAAGAGAGGACCAUCCAUAUGGCACGCCUUGGUGUCGGGGAUAUACAGACCAGAGGCUUCGGUCGAGAUGGCCGGUGACAUAACACUGGACGUUAUGGUAUCACGGUUGGCAAAGGCUGCGCGGAUCGCGCAAUUCUUGGCAGAACAUACGCCACCUCAAGAGAUGUACGUGUGGUCAGACAUGACUCCAUCGCAGCUGCUGCUUCAGAAGUGGGAAGAAUACGCAGAAGGAAACAGCCACUUAUUCGACACCAAUGCAGACGCCCAUAAGCUCCAUCAAGUUAACAUUGAUGUAGAUCAGCAAGACCUUUUACCGUGCAGCAUCUACAACGAAGACACAGACACAAUAUUUGUGGCAGAGAGGGCCAUGCAGUUCUUGGCACAGCUCCUGAAGCGCGUUGAGGAGGGAUCAGUGGAUGCCGCAAACCACCAGACGGACAACGGCGUACCACCUAAUCGCGUCAAUUGA